AUGGCAGAGGGCAUAAAAAAAUAUGGGAAAUCUUUUCUUCCAUACAAUUCUAUGAUUGGGAGAUCAUAAAAUUUAAAAUCUGAUGUCUCUUUUGAUCCUGUUUAAUAAUGCAUUGUUGAACCCAAAGUUCCAGAAUCAUAAGGAGACGCAUUCUAAUUAAUAACAGGAGACAUCCCAACAAUCUAAAAAAUUAUUCAAACAUAAUCACAAUAAAAUUCAAGAGUAGUCUCCAAAUUAUCUUAUGAUGGAGGGAUUGACUUAUUAAAGGAUAGACAAAAAUAUAUAGAACUACUUAUCACCAAUUCUCUUGAUAGCAAAUUGCUUUAAAGACCACUUCUAUUAUUCCCAUCCUAACAGUAAUAUUUAAAUUAACUUGGUACAUUAAUAAGUUAAUCACCUAAUGGCUCAUUUUGUCCAUUCUUGAAUAUAAAUUAAAAAGAAAAGCAGCAGUUGCACUAAAAUUUACAAUAAUCACUAAAUAUACCUAAUAUCUUUCUUAAGACUUAUCAAUAAGACAAUUAUUCUAAAAAAUAAACCAUUUUAAAGCCAAAAGCAAUCAAAUAAGAUUUGCAUUUCAAAAAGGAAGAAAUAAAAUUUCUGAAUUUAGAAGAAUCUUGUUAAAGUGAAGUUAUAAAAUAAGAAGAAAGUAGUUGGAAUGAACUUCCAUAACCGCAUUCAAUAAAAAAAUACAAUAAAAAGUACUAAUCAAAUGAUAGUUCUGAAUCAUUCAAAAUUAUAAAGAAGAAAAAAGAAAAGAAAAUUAAUGAUACCAAGAAUAUCACAAAGAAUUAUUCGAAGGCAAUUAUCUCAUAUAUCAUAAAUAACCCUGAUUUACUUAAGUAAUUCUUCUCAAACAAGUAAUAUGAUGAUUUUUUGUUAUUGCUUAAAAAUAAAAAAAAUCAAAUGACUAAUAUAAAAUAAUUAAGAGAUCUUUGGAUCGAUGGAGGAAAGUUUUCUGAAUUUAAUAAAGUCUUUCGAAUUAUAAGGUAUAUAUUGUUUAUAAUAAUAAAAGCUAAUACUUUUUAAAGAAUCAGUCAGUAGCUUAUGUAUAUAACUCUAGAAUUUCCAAUACUAUUUGGCAUCUCAAGUAUAGACAAAAUUUGUUGAGAGCUUUAAAAGAGCCUGAAAAUUUUAGAUUUAUCAAAGACUUAUGAUUAAAUUGUUUGUUGCCAA